GGGUGUUUUUCCCCCUCUCUUUCUUCUGUUUGUUGUACGGCCCGUCGCACGCCAGUGUGUUUUGUAGCAGCUCACAGAACGGCGCACCGUGCGUGUAGGUCGCAUUGACCCAAACCCUGCGGAAGUUUGCCCGAAAUCGUUCCAUUGCACUCAGUGGCGGUGUUUUUUUUUUUUGGUAGUGGUCCCUGGUGCUGUUGCUGCGAUUCCGCGCGCGGGACGCUGCUGUUUUUGGUCCGUGCAUUCCGUGGAUGAUGUCAGAAGAAUUGGCCAGCAGCUGCUGCUCGUUUGGCGCUUCGUCGUCGUCGCACGCAUAAACGAAGGCUUGGGAGUGUGUGCGCGCGCGCGCGUGUGUGUGUUUUUGCGUGGGCAUUUUGUGUGUUGCCGCCGGGGUGUGUGGCCAGGGAACGCUUCGAACGUGGAUUCGCUCCGAUCCCGGCGAGUCGCCAAUUUGCAGUAGCCACAUCGCGAAACAUCCCCUACGCACGCACACACGCACACCGAAAGGACCAACAACAAAGUGCAAGUGUGUUUGUGUUGUGUGCGUGUGUGUGCGAGAGACAGAACAAUCAACCCCCGUCAACAAGAGACAAGCCCGAACGGAAGCACCCCGAGUGUGACAAAACCCGCAGCGAAACAUCUGCCAGGAAGAGCAGGUCAGGGAACGCGCACCACCAGCCCAGUCGCGCGCUCAGUCAACCAUCAACCAUCAGGAAAAGCAAAAUGAACCCGAACGUGGUGACGCGCAGCAGCGCCAAGCAGUCGAAGGUUCGGACCCGCGCCCAGCAGGCAGCAACGGAGGCGGAGCAGGAGGAGCGGCGGGUGAAGCUGUACGGUGGCUAUCGGUCGACCGGCAAGGGCAGCAUAGCGGAGGCGAAGAAGCAGGGCAAGCUGAGAAUGUCCGCCACCAGCCAGAACGGCACGGGGGCCGGCGGCGACCAGCGCCGCAGCUCCGACUUUACCGAGGUGCAGCUGAAGGACAUCUUCCAGAACGCGCAGAGCGGGGCGCGGACGGUGCGCGGCCCCACCGGCAUCCUGUACGACGAGCGGUUCGCGCUGCACCGCUGCCUGUGGGACACCAACUAUCCGGAGUGCCCGGAGCGGUACCUGCGCGUGAUGGAGCGCUUCACGAUCGGGCAGCUGGUCGACCGGUGCCAGUUCAUAGCGCCCCGGCCCGCCACCCGGGCCGAGCUGCUGACCAAGCACACGGCCGAGCAGAUCGAGCUGCUGGCGCAAACGCACGGCUCGCAGGACGAGCCCGAGCUGGAGCGGCUGAGCUCGCACUACGACGCCAUCUUCAUCCAUCCGACGUCGUACGAAACGAGCGUGCUGGCGGUCGGCAGCACGAUCCAGCUGGUCGAGAGCGUGUGGAGCGGGACGGUACAGAACGGGAUGGCGAUACUGCGGCCGCCCGGCCACCACGCGAUGACCGCCGAGUACAACGGGUACUGCUUCUUCAACAACGUGGCGAUUGCGGCCCAGCACGCGCUCGACCAUCUCGGCACGCAGAAGAUACUGAUCGUCGACUGGGACGUGCACCACGGGCAGGGCACGCAGCGGAUGUUCUACUCCGAUCCGAGGGUGCUGUACUUCUCCAUCCAUCGGUACGAGCACGGCACGUUCUGGCCGAACCUGCGCGAGUCCGACUUUGACUACGUCGGCACCGGCAAGGGCGAGGGGUACAACUUCAACGUGCCGCUCAACAAGACGGCCAUGACCAACGGCGACUACCUCGCGAUCUGGCAGCAGCUGCUACUGCCGGUCGCCACGGAGUUCCAACCGGAGCUGAUAAUCGUAUCGGCCGGCUACGACGCUGCGUACGGAUGUCCAGAGGGCUGUAUGGAAAUAACGCCCGCGUUCUACUCGCACCUGCUCAGCCCGCUGCUGCUGAUGGCGCAGGGGCGCGUCGCUGUCGUCCUGGAGGGUGGCUACUGUCUCGAGUCGCUUGCCGAGGGCUGCGCGCUCACGCUCAAGACGCUGCUCGGCGAUCCGGCCCCACGGCUGGCGGAAGCGCUGCAGCCCCCGUCCGAGAGCAUGCAGGCGUCCAUCCUGAACUGCAUCUACAGCCACCGGAAGUACUGGAAGUGUUUGCAGCUGUACGAGCUAUACGACCUGGAGGACUACAACAACACCAACCCGCAGGACAACUUCCACAAGGUGAUCAAAUGCUACGUGCCGCCGGAACCGCCGGCCCAGCCCGGCCGGUACGAGACGCGCAACUGCUACCCGGUGCAGUCGGCGGACGAGCGCGCCCGUAUCCAGGAACGGCUGGCCCGGCUGCACCUCGCCACCGAUCUGAGCUUCCCGCCCGACCGCGUCUGCUACGUGUACGACGAGCUGAUGCUCGAGCACCGCAACAGUGCGGAAAAGUGGCACCCGGAGCAGCCGGAGCGCAUCGCGAAGAUCAUGCAGCGGCUGACCGGGGACUACCAGCUGGCGCAGCGCAUGAAGCGGCUGCCGGGCCGGCUCGCCACCACCGAGGAGCUGUGCCUGGUGCACGGGCCGGAGCACGUGCGCCUCAUCGGCGAGGUGUGCCAGUCGAGCACGAUGAAGCAGGCGGCCGACCAGUACAACUCGAUCUACUUCCACCCGAGCACGGACGCGAGCGCCCGCAUGGCGACCGGCUCGGUGCUGACCGUGGUGGAGGACGUGCUGGAGGGCCGCACCCGGUCGGGCGUGUGCGUGGUGCGCCCGCCCGGCCACCACGCGGAGGCGGACACGCCGCACGGCUUCUGCAUCUACAACAGCAUCGCGGUGGCGGCCCGGCAUGCGGUCAAGCGGUACGGGCUGCGGCGCGUCCUGAUCGUCGACUGGGACGUGCACCACGGCAACGGCACGCAGCACAUCUUCGAGCAGGACCCGCACGUGCUGUACGUCUCGGUGCACCGGUACGACAAUGGGGCGUUCUUUCCGCGCAGCACCGACGCGGACUACACCGUCGUCGGCAGCGGGCCGGGCCGGGGCUUCAACGUCAACAUCCCCUGGAACCGGAAGGGCAUGGGCGACCCGGAGUACGUGGCCGCGUUCCACUCGGUCAUACUGCCGAUCGCGUACGAGUACGAGCCGGAGCUGGUGCUGGUGUCGGCCGGGUUCGAUGCGGCGAUCGGCGACCCGCUCGGCGGGUGCCGCGUGACGCCCGAAGCGUACGGCCACUUCACGCAGUGGCUGUCGGUGCUGGCGGGCGGCCGGCUCGUCCUGUGCCUCGAGGGCGGCUACAACGUCAACUCGAUCUCGCACGCGAUGGCCAUGUGCACGAAGGCGCUGCUGGGCGAUCCGCUGCCGAUGCUGCUGCCGGUUAGCGGCACCGCCCGCACGCCCCCGGCGACGCACGCGUCCUGCUGCGAGACGCUCUGGAACGUGCUGUCCGUGCAGCGGCUGUACUGGCGGUCGCUCUGCUUCAACAAGAAGCUGCCGAGCAGCGAACCGCUGCUGGAGGAGACCGGCAGCGAGCUGAUCGAGGCGCUCGACAAUAUGACGCUGAGCGAGCGGGGCGGCACCGACCAGCAGCAGCCGCAGCAAACCACGUCCACCCCGUCCUCGUCGUCCGCUGCUACGGCUGGCAGCAGUGGGGGUGAGCAGGCGGCGGGCAGCUCCAAACAACCGUCCCAAACGCUGACCGAGUUUUUGGAGGCUAACUUAGAGGCACUGCAGAACGAGGAAAUGUUUGCCGUAAUACCGCGCCGUGACUGUCCCCAUCUGAAGCUGCUGCGACCGGAAACGGCCCCAGAGGCAAUCGACACGCGCACACCGUGCAGUGACUGCGGCGCGGAGGUGGAAAACUGGAUCUGUCUGCUCUGCUUCGGCGUGUACUGCGGCCGGUACGUGAACGAGCACAUGCUGCGGCACGGUACCGGGGCGGCCGACCAUCCGCUCGCCCUCAGCUUCGCCGACCUGUCCGUCUGGUGCUACGGGUGCGACGCGUACAUCGACCAUCCCGCCCUGCACCACUACAAGAACCUGGUGCACCAGGACAAGUUCCACGAGCCGCUCGUCUGGUCGUACGGCAGCGACCUCGUGCUGGACGUCGUGCCGGGCAGCACCGGCCGCAAGGCGGGACAGGACUGAUAUUGGCCGGACGUCUCGAAGGUGAUCUUUCGAGUGUUGGUGCUGUUUCUGCUGAAAAACAUUCUCGUCGGUUACCUGAAGUAGGCAAAA